AUGGCUGAAAAGUCUGGCCAAAUUCUCUCGACGCUCUUCUUGAUCCUAAUGUUUCUGAAUUUUUUGGGAAUGACAAGGCCUGAUGAAGUGUGCCCGUAUCCGUGUUAUCCGCCGCCCAUUGGCUCCGGCACUCCGAUAAUCACAACACAGCCGCCUCCGCCACCAUCCCAGGUUGUGUCAUACCCACCUCCAGCUGGAUACAACCCUACACCGGCAGGAUACGUACCAUAUUCCUCUCCACCACCCUAUGGCAAUUCACUUGGUUCCCCUCCCCCUCCUGACCCCAUAUUACCCUACUUCCCUUACUACUCCGGAAAACCACUUCAUCAGACCGACAACUCUGCAGCAACCACUCUUGGAAUUCGCUCAAUACUCAUCAUCAUCAUCGCCGUAGCUAAUUAUCUUCUUGUCUCUGUUUCUAUCUUUCCUUUCUAUGUACUUUAA